CGCUCGCCAUCCGCCUCGCUGCCUCUCCCCUCCCCUUUCCCGUCGCGCUUCCAGCGUCAGCCGUUGCGCCGCCAUGGCGACCUUCCUGCCCUCCAACCAUGGCGCCUCGCAGGGGCCGCUCAUGACGCCGCUGGCCUCGGCCUCGGCCUCGGCGCCCGCCCGCGUCUGCUACUUCUUCGACUCGGACAUUGGCAACUACCACUACGGGCCCGGGCACCCCAUGAAGCCGACGCGCAUCCGCAUGUGCCACUCGCUCGUGAUGCAGUACGGCCUGUACAAGAAGAUGGAGAUCUUUAGAGCCAAGCCGGCGACGAAGCGCGAGAUGUCGCAGUUCCACACCGACGAGUACGUCGAGUUCCUCAACCGCGUCACGCCCGACAAUGUGGACCACUUUGUGCGCGAGCAGGCCAAGUUCAACGUCGGCGACGACUGCCCCGUGUUCGACGGCCUCUUCGAGUACUGCAGCAUCUCAGCCGGCGGCUCGAUGGAGGGAGCAGCACGGCUCUCGCGCGACAAGUGCGACAUUGCAGUGAACUGGGCGGGCGGCCUGCACCACGCCAAGAAGGGCGAGGCGAGCGGCUUCUGCUACAUCAACGACAUCGUGCUCGGCAUCCUCGAGCUGCUGCGGUAUCACCCGCGCGUGCUCUACAUCGACAUUGACGUGCACCACGGCGACGGCGUCGAGGAGGCCUUCUUCACGACAGACCGCGUGAUGACGUGCUCGUUCCACAAGUACGGCGAGUUCUUCCCCGGCACUGGCGAGCUGCGAGACAUCGGCAUUGGCGCAGGCCGCAACUACAGCGUCAACUUUCCCCUGCGCGACGGCAUCACAGACGAGAGCUACAAGAGCGUCUUCGAGCCGGUGAUCAGCCAGAUCAUGGAGCACUACGCGCCGUCGGCCGUCGUGCUGCAGUGCGGCUCCGACUCGCUGGCGGGCGACAAGCUGGGCUGCUUCAACCUGUCGAUGCGCGGGCACGCCAACUGCGUCGAGUUCGUCAAGAGCUUCAAUCUGCCGCUGCUGCUGCUGGGCGGCGGCGGCUACACCAUGCGCAACGUCUCGCGCGCGUGGGCAUACGAGACGGGCCUGGCGGCCGGCCAGGAGCUGAGUGCCCAGGUGCCCGUGAACGAGUACUACGAGUACUUUGGGCCCGACUACCGGCUCGACGUGCGGCCGAACAACAUGCAGGACCUCAACACGCCGGCCUAUCUCGAGAAGAUCAAGACGCAAGUGUUUGAGAAUCUGCGGCACACAGCCCACGUGCCGUCUGUGCAAGGGCACGAGAUUCCACGACUGGCGCACGACGAGGAGAUGGAGGAGGAAGAUGCGCUGCGGGAAGAGGCGCUGGAUGCCGACAUCCGUGCGAUUCGCGAUGGCAGGAGUCGAGACAAGCACGUGCAGAAGCGAGGCGAGCUGUCGGACUCGGAAGAUGAGGGAGAAGGAGGAAGGAGAGAUCGUAGGAAUCACCGCAAGGUCGGCAUCCGCAGUCCGAUGAGGGAGAAUGGCGUCAUGCGAGAUGCCAGUCCGACGCCUGUGCCGACAAGCGACGUGCAGAUGGCGGCCUCCGAGGCAUCAGCGGCCGGACCACAGGCGGCCGCGCCAUCAACGGCAUCGCCGGGCGCACGGCAGGUCGACGGGCAACUACCAACACCGUCGGCACCGGCAGCAGCAGCGGCGCCACUCGCUACGGAUGAUGUCAAGGCGGAGCACGAGGCGCCACAAGACGCAGCAUCGACAUCGGCGGCGCUGGCUGAGGCAGCAACAUCCGAAGCGAAGCCCGCGCAAGGCGCAUCCGAGAGCGCAGCACCUGCCGAGGCGGCACCUCCAUCCGAGCCAGCUGCAGCAGCAUCGACGGAAGCAUCUGCAGCGCCUGCUGCCGUUCCAGUACCGGCGUCAUCAGCGCCGCAUGAUGGCACAGCAGCGGAGCCGACAGCUGCGCCGCCAGUUGUCGAAGCGGCAGCAAGCACAGGGACAGACGACGUGGAGAUGCGUGCUGCUUCUCCCGAGCCCGCAGCGACAUCUGCAGGCGCACCAGCAGAGGCCGCCCCUGCAUUGCCAGCACCAGCUGCUCCAGCGGCGCAGACCGAGCAGCCGGCCACGACGAGCGAAGCGGCACAGGGAGACGAGUCGAUGAGCUGAGCGCGCCUGCAAAUCGUCGAGCGGUGGUAGUGUGAAGGGCGCUGCCUAGCUGCUUCUGUCUGCCCCUCCUAGAGUGUGCUGUGUUUGGGCUGUUUGUAAUGUUACUCUGCCUCCUUGCUUGAGCGGAAGGAGGAUGUGCUCCAAGAC